ACUCUAUUAUUACUAAUGAACAUUGUUGAAGGUUUAAUUUGAUAACAGAUAAGAAAACUUUGAUAUCAUUUACCCCACAUAUUUAAGACUGCUACGUUUCCAAUAAUGUUUAAUUUCAUUCACUUGUAUAUCGAAGUUUUUAACUGAUUACAAAGUGUUCAUAUAAGUAAUCCACUUAAGAAAAAUGUUAAUUUCCAUCAUAUUGAUCUUUGUUUUUAUUUUAACUGCUUUAUUCUAUUACAAUGCGGUUAAACCGAUGAAUUAUUGGAAGAAACGAGGAGUAAUUCAAAGUGAUCCUGUAUGGCUCUUAGGAGAUCAAUGGAAACAAGUGUUCGGAUUAGAAAGUAUCGUGGAUAUGUUCACGAGACUUUAUAAUUUAUCUCCGAAUGCCAGAUAUUGUGGAAUAUAUCAAUUCACCACGCCAGCUCUUAUGAUAAGAGAUACAAAGUUAUUAAAAUUAAUUACUGUUAAAGAUUUUGAUCAUUUUAUGAAUCACAAACCCUUAAUUCCGGAUGGUGCAGAUCCCUUGUGGAACAAAAAUAUUUUCGCACUAAAAGAUCAUAGAUGGAAAAGCGUGCGACCUAUUUUAACACCGAGUUUUACCAGUAGCAAAAUGAAAAGCAUGUUUAUUUUCAUGUCCGACUGCGCACAAAAUUUCGUUAAUUAUUUUUUGAAAGAAAGAGGAAAUGGCGACGUAAUCGAUGUUUGUAUGAAAGAUAUUUCGAGUCGUUUUUCUAACGAUGUAAUAGCAUCAACUACGUUCGGCUUACAGGUGGAUUCAUUCAAAGAUCCAGACAACGAAUUUUAUUAUCGGUGCAAAGAUAUCACGAACUUUGCUACCCCUUGGAGGAUAAUUAAAAUGUUAGGGUUUGCAACUGUACCAAGGUUAUUCAAGUUUUUCGACGUAAAGUUUUUCGAUAGCGAAUCGAGACAAUUCUUCAUCAACAUUGUUAAAAACAGUAUAAAAAUGAGGAAGGAACACGAUGUGGAUCGUCACGAUAUGCUCCAUUUAUUACUCGAAGCAAAAAAAGAAGUCGAACAGAAAAAAAAGCAGGGGUUAGAUAUAGAAGAAAUCACCGAUGAAGACAUCACCGCUCAUGCGAUGAUAAAUUUUUUCGCUGGAUUCGAAUCUAUUUCAACUUUAAUGACGUUCAUGUCUUACGAAUUAGCCAUUCAUCCGGAUAUUCAGAAUAGAUUACGAGAAGAAAUAGAUGAAGGAUUUCAACAGUGUAAUGGAAAGUUGACGUAUGAAGUGCUAAUGAAGAUGCCUUAUUUGGAAAUGGUUAUUUCAGAAACUCUUCGAAAAUGGCCGAACUUUCCAGAAGCCCACAGAGUUUGUACAAAAAAAUACGUAAUAGAACCAGAAUAUCCCGACGAAAAUCCUUUGGUUAUAGAAGAAGGAACAGCCAUAUUAUUACCCGUAUUUCCAAUCCAACGUGACCCUAAGUAUUUCCCAGAUCCAGAUCGUUUCGAUCCAGAAAGAUUCAGCGAAGAUAAUAAAAACGCUAGAGACUUUUACUGCUAUAUGCCGUUCGGAUUAGGUCCUAGAAAUUGCAUAGGGGCGAGAUUUGCGAAUCUAGAAGCCAAAGUUUAUUUCGCAUACGUUCUGCACAGCUUCGAGAUAGUUCCAACUGCAAAAACUGUGAUACCUGUUAAACUAUCCAACCAGAAUUUCAAUGUUCACGCCGAAGAUGGAAUAAAUGUAGGUUUGAAACCUUUAUAUAAGUAGUUAAAUUUUUUAUACAAACUUUAUAUAGUUAUCGCAACUUUAGUUAUUAGGUCUACCUUUAUUAUCAGUUUAUUCGUAAUAUCUUCCAUUUUAUUUUAUACAUUUGAAUUAUUUCGCCAAUAAAAAAGUAUUUCACAA